GUUGGUCUGUCAACUUAUAGUGUAAAUGCUGAAAGUAUUAGAACUUUGUUGAAGAACAACUGCUUAGCAUGGAUAGUUCGUGGUGCUCCUUGAUUUCCAUAGAAUCUCUGGUGGUGCCCAAUACGCCGAUGGGCUUGCCUGGAUUAGACUCGGGUCCUGUGCCAAAGCGAGCCAGGAUGAGUGAGUCCAAGCAGGAGAAUGCAGCGCCCCUGGAAACAGCUAGUGUCUAUAAGGAGCAGGCAGCCCAGUUCCAAUCCCUACAAGCGAAGGCACAGCCGCAGCCUGGUACCGUGGUAGUCCAGCCACCCAAACGACUGCCUCCCGAGGCGGAAACCGAUCGCCGGAUGUAUGUUCCCGACUUGGACCAGGCCAUCACCCAUCGGGAUGUGUUUAACUUCUUCAGCAGUUUCGGGGACUUGGAGAGGGUUUGCGUGAAGAACGGCACGGAUAACUUGAACUACGCCAUGGUGCUUUUCUGUCGCACUCACUCCAUGGAGCAGGCCAUCAAAUCGAAUCCACAUCUGAUCAAGGGACACCGACUGAACUGUCGCAAGGCGAAGGAAAAAUCUACAAAUAAGGGAAGUCAACAGAUCUCUGGGUCCCUAAACAAGUCACAGUCUACAGUUACGCAGCUACUCAAAGCUCCUGGAAUGCAGGCACAUAAAGAUGACUCCAAACAUGGAGCUGGCUACCAAACUUUGGAGAAGAAUUCAAAGUCACCAGGUUACAGGUCGUCGCUUCUUCAAAAACUGGUAGAACCCAACUUUAUAAAGCUAGUAACCGCCAGCAAAAGUGAUAGAAACUAUGCUUAUGCAGUAACCACGCAGGAUGGAGUCUCCCGCUGGAGUUUCAACUUGUCCAAAUCCAUACCCAGCUCAGACGAGAUGAGGGCACUGGAGAAGGGCCUUUCCAGGUCGGCAAAGCUUCUACUGAGCAUGUGGAAGAAACUGACUGCAGUGCAACACAAAUCUGCCAUGCCAGAGGCACAAACUCCUACAAGUAGUGCCAGUAGUAAAGCUGUUCCAAAAGAUGAUUUUAAAGUUUCUCCAGAACCUUCGGAGCCUUCAGCAGCUCCUGCACUUUCAGCACCUCCUGCCUCGGAUGCAAUGCUCCCAUCCUUGCCGCUCCUUUUGACCAUCACCUUCCAAGUGCCUCUGCCCAAAUCGGUUAUUCCCGAAAAGGCCAAGCCAGAUCUGCGCUCCGUUGUGCUGUCCAGUUUGGGUCAGAACUACGUGCAUCACUGCUACACAAAUGUGGCAGCUUAUCGGCGGACCAAGAACUACAUCGACCUACUGCCCUGCGAGAGGAUAAAGCGACCCAGUAUUAGGAAGUAUGUGGAUCAGAUGUACGCAAGGAAAAUUUAGGAAUCUACAAAUCAUAUCAUCUCCAAAAUCAUAUCAUAUAGUUAAGCAACAUGUCUCAACAAACA